AUGUCAGGACAGAUGCAGGAGAGUCAGAUAGUGCUUGCCACACUGAAUCUGUUUUUCUCUUGUGCUGACUCUCAGCGAUACAGAUGGAAAGAGAAGUUUGUCUGCUGUCAUGUUCAGAGUGGAUGCUGUCUGAAUAUUCUUCAAGAGGUCCAAAGGGAAGCCCAAAGCUUGCUUCUUCUCUGCAGGGAAGAGCUGCAGUCCAUCCAGAGAGAACUGGAGGUGUUGUCAGAGCAGUACUCUCAGAAAUGUCUGGAAAAUGCUCACCUGGCUCAGGCCCUGGAGGCUGAGCAGCAGGCGCUCAGGCAGUGUCAAAGAGAGAACCAGGAGCUAAAUGCUCACAACCAGGAGUUAAAUAACCGGCUGACAGCAGAGAUUACUCGGAUGCGCUCCUGUUUCAGCGGUGAAACUGCUCUGUCCACACUUACCCAGGGCAAGGAUGUGUAUGAAUUAGAGGUGUUGCUACGAAUUAAAGAGUCAGAAAUCCAGUAUCUCAAAGAGGAAAUUCACUCUUUGAAAGAUGAACUGCAGUCUGCUUUAAGGAGCCUGAAAGAGGGACUAACUGUGCAGGAGCGUAUGAAGCUUUUUGAAGCGAAAGAUUCCAAAAAGAUUUAAAUGUCCUCAACCUGCAGCGUGUUUCCUCUAUCCUGUUCUUGGUGGAUUUUUGGUCAGAUCUCUACAGCGGUGCCAGAAUUAGCUGUGGACUCUUGUAUGAACAAAUCUGUAAAGGUCAAUUCUUAACUUAGACCUGCUGCUUCAUGCCUCUGACAUGUGUUCAUAAUUUUUUUUUUUAAUUAAUGGAAAAAAGUUUUAUUGAAUCAAACCUGUGUACGGUCUCUAUAAAGAACAUAUAGAUGUUUAUCAGUUCAUGUUGGAGGUGUGUCAAAAAGCUGCAAGGGAUACAUGACAGCAUUAUAUUGAUCCUCCAAAAUGCCAAAACAGACAGCAAUACAUAGUAUAAAUAAUAUAUAUUUCCCAGUAUGAAUUAAGUAUCUGCUGUAUUUUAUUGUUACAGUUUCUAUAUCUAAAGUUUUAAAUGUUUAUGUUGCACCAGUUCUAUUGUAUAUAACUACUGGAUUGAUGUAAGAGUAUGGUUUGCUAUUGAGUGUUGGGGCAUCUGCUGUACUAUAACUAUGGUUUGACUGAUAGUGGAAACAAUGUGAUGCUUAUCUUGCUUAUGUAUGAGAGUUUUUUUAAUGGAGUGUCUGUGUGUGAAGGGGGAAGAGGACUGGGAUUGCACUUAUCACUUGACUACUUGAGGAAUCUUUUUUUUUUUUUUUUGGUCUCAAAUCGGUUUAGUGACUUCAAGUCAAAUAUCGCAGUGCAACCAAAAAUCCUGACUUCUGUCAAAUUAAGUAAACAAUUGUGACUUGUUCGUAAUACUGGAUUUUUUUUUUAAGUUUCUUAAAAUCUGAAUUUGUGUUUGCUUAGUUUUGACUUUGGUGUGAGAGUAUCAUCUCAAAAGAACUUAAACUAUUUAGGACUUUGCAUGACUGUACAGUGUCAUAUGAAUUGCUUAACGAUCUCGUUGCCUCUUUUUCCUCCUUACUGCUUCAGUGUGGAACUCUUAACACUAAUAAGCUUUGCUUUGCAAGUCCUACUGUUUAGUUGUUGAGAUUGAAAUGUUUUACUGUAAGCAGCAGCAGUCUUGAAGCACUUGGCCCGAUCCCUGACCUCUCACUAGUCGUGCCUCAACUGAGAGAAGAAGAUAAACAUCCAUGAAACCUGUGCAGCUAUGGAAACACACUGUAUAGUAUUCAAACCACGCCUUGUAUGUGUAUAUAUAUAUAUAUAUAUAAAUA